GUUGAAUACAGUGACGUUUUACACAUAGUUCAUGUGUUUUUUGCAUUACAUUUUUUAAACUAUACUGAAACACAUCUGCUGAGCUUUUUUGCGAAAUGCCGCAUGCGAAUGACAAAAGGAAACGCUUUCUGUUUGCUAAAAAUACUAGACAAGAAUGCAGAGCUGUGUUUUGUGUCUCACUGAUCUUGAAUCUGGUCGCUUGAUGACUCUCUCCGUCUGUAGGAAUGUUGCUGCUGCCGUUGAAUCUGCGCACCGCUGUGGUUUGUGGCUAUCGGACCUUGUGCCAUGGACCGUCGUGGAGAACAGUCGUACAGCAUAAUCCUAGAUGUCGACUGUGGCUUGUACGGAGGAGUCAAAGCAAUGCUGUGUCAGAAGCCAGUGUCCAUCCUGCAACAGUUCCUAAUGCUACCACGAAUCGUAUAGUGGGGAGAUGGCUUAUAGCUUGUAGUGGGAUGGUGGCUGGUGCAGUGGUACUUGGAGGUGUCACAAGAUUGACGGAGUCUGGUCUGUCCAUGGUUGACUGGCACCUGAUCAAAGAAAUGAAACCACCAAGUUCACAGGCAGAAUGGGAAGCAGAGUUCCAGAAGUACCAGCAGUUUCCAGAGUUUAAGAUUCUUAACCACAGCAUGACCCUCUCAGAGUUUAAGUUUAUUUGGUAUAUGGAAUAUUCUCAUCGCAUGUGGGGCCGUCUUGUUGGUCUGGCCUACAUUUUGCCAACUGUUUACUUCUGGAGGCGUGGAUAUCUGAAUCGUGGAAUGAAGGCAUGCGCUGUUGGUCUUUGUGGUUUUGUUGUCUUUCAGGGUCUUCUUGGGUGGUACAUGGUAAAAAGUGGCCUAGAAGAGAAACCAGAAUCCUAUGAUGUUCCGCGAGUCAGUCAAUACCGCUUGACUGCACAUUUAGGCUCAGCACUUGUCCUUUACUGUGCAAGUUUGUGGACUGGUCUUACAUUACUGCUGCCUCAACAAAAGUUGCCAAAUGCACAACAGAUUGCUUGGCUCAGGAGAUUUGCUCAUGGGACUGGAGGACUUGUUUUUCUUACUGCACUCUCAGGUGCCUUUGUUGCAGGCCUGGAUGCUGGCUUGGUAUACAACUCUUUCCCCAAGAUGGGCAACUACUGGAUACCAGAUGACCUGUUGUCUUUUUCUCCUACACUCAAGAAUUUUUUCGAGAAUCCUACAACAGUGCAGUUUGAUCAUCGAAUUCUAGGCAUAAGCUCAGUGACAGCCAUUACAGCACUUUGCCUAUAUGCACGAAGAAUCCCUCUCCCUGGGAGAACAAGAAUGGCUCUUAAUUCUUUGUUAGCCAUGGCAUAUAUGCAGGUUGGCCUGGGGAUCUGCACAUUACUGUUCUAUGUCCCAACACCUUUAGCAGCUACGCACCAAUCUGGAUCCUUGGCACUACUCUCACUGGCAAUCUGGGUACUUGCAGAGUUGAGAAAAGUUGCGAAGUAAAGAAAAAUGCACUGUCCAUAAUUGGCAUCCAUCCUCUCUCUUUUUGUACUUGGGACACUUGUGUUUACAACUUUUUUAUUAUUUAUAUUUUAAGUGAAAGGAUUAUUCUCAAGGCUACCUACAUACAGAGUCUGCAAACUCUUCUGCUGGUCACGUGUAAGAAAUAUGCUAACUUCUUUGCUUAUGUCUUUGAAAAUAAUUAUACAAACCUGCCUCUGGGACAUUCCAAACAGUGAUAAUGUCUUUGAUCCAUCAUCUUUUGUACAGUUGUGGCUCUUAAAACAGCUCUAUUUUCAUCAAUAUAGUAUUUUGCAAGUCACUAGAAACGGAUGCAGUACAGCUGACAGAGCUAGCCUAUUGAUUUUGCCAAAUGUAAAUUUUGAUAUUGCAUUCAAUUACAUUUUAUUUGUAGUUUACCAACCAAAAAACUCUUCAAGGAAAUUGUUUUCAUUUUUUUUUGUCUUUUUUAUUUUAGAGUCAGUACUUUUGUGACACCACUGUCACAGUCAUUUCAAAGUAUGGUAAGAUAAUGCACUUAAUGAUUGUUGUUUAAAACACCAAAUUCUCUUUAAUUAAACAAUGCUGUGCUUAAUACAUGAUUGUAUCCAUAUGUCACAUUUUUCAUUUUGUGUCUUCAGUUGUACAUUUUACUGUAGUGGUGGAUAAAGAUUACUGAUUUUCUUUUUCCCUCCUUAA